UGCUGCCGCCGGAGCCGCGCAGCGCCAGCGCGGCCGAGCGCGGGGAGCGGCCCCGGAACCCCGGGACCCCCAAACCCCGGGACCCCGGCCCAGCCCGGCUGGAAGCUCAACUUCUUCACUGGCACCUGGGAGCAGAGCGGUUGAAGUCGCUGCUGUGCGGCGUUGGUGACGGCCAGCGGGGCACCGGUGUCCCCAGACUCGUGCCCGGGGCGGCCGGCGAUGACCGACGCGGUGCUGGGCGGCUCCUCCGACCGGUGGAUGUGCCCCAGUGACAGGACCAUGUCCCUCCGAGCCAGCAGUGAGAAGGAGCAGCUCCCGGCGGGCUGGGCAGCGCAGCCCGAGCGGCAGCGCAAGGGCGAGGAGCUGACGGAUGAGGAGAAGGAAAUCAUCAACCGGGUGAUCGCCCGCGCCGAGAAGAUGGAGGAGAUGGAGCAGGAGCGCAUCGGGCGCCUGAUGACCCGGCUGGAGGACAUGCGCCGCAGCGUGCUGGGGGACGGCGUCAACCGCUGCAUCCUCUGCGGGGAGCAGCUGGGGACAAGGGGCUCCGCCUGUGUCGUCUGCGAGGACUGCAAGAAGAACGUGUGCACCAAGUGCGGGGUGCAGACCACCAACAACCGGCCCCAGGCCAUCUGGCUCUGCAAGAUCUGCAGCGAGCAGCGGGAGGUGUGGAAACGCUCCGGCGCCUGGUUCUUCAAGGGCUUGCCCAAGCAGAUGCUGCCGCAGCCGAUGCCCGUCAGCAAGAAGGGACCCCAAACCCCGAGCGAGCCCCGCCCGGCCGAGCCACCCGCCCCGGACCCCAAACUCCCCUCCCGGGCACCCACCCGAGGCCAGGCGGAUGCCGAGGACACCGAGGGCACCGACGCCACAGCGGCCGCCCGGGGAAGCCGCAAAGCGGCCGAGGGCCGGCCGGGUCCGUGCGGCAGCGAGGACACCGGUGGGGACGGCGACAGCCGGGACUACGCUGCGGAGAGCGGGGUCAGCAGGAGCCCCGGCGUGAAGAGAACCAACUCCGUGCAAGGCCAGCGGCCACCCCCGCCAGCCACGGCCGGUCCCGCUGCCGCAUCCGCCGCUGGAUCUGCGCCGGCAGCGGCACCCGCAGCGCCGGCGGCCGCAGCGGCAAGGCCGGGUCCCGGGGGUCCCGCCCGCUUCCCGGAGAGACAAGCGAGCCCCCCGGAGCCGGCCCGCGGCGCCGCCAGGGAGGAGCGGGGAGGGGGCUUUGGCGGCAGGGAGGACAGGCCAGCCUGGCAGCCCCCUGCUGCCACGCAGCCCCCGCCCGCAGCCGCGGCCCCGCAGCGGCAGCAGCCCCGCGAGGAAGAGGAGGAGGACGCCAACAGCUACGACUCGGAUGAAGGCACCACGCUGGGAGCUCUGGAGUUCAGCCUGCUCUACGACCAGGACAACAGCUCCCUGCACUGCACCCUCAUCAAGGCCAAGGGCUUAAAACCAAUGGAUUCCAAUGGCCUGGCUGAUCCCUAUGUGAAGCUGCACCUCCUGCCCGGAGCCAGCAAGUCGAACAAGCUGAGGACGAAGACGCUGCGCAACACCCGGAACCCGGUGUGGAACGAGACCCUGGUGUACCACGGCAUCACCGACGAGGACAUGCAGAGGAAAACCCUCAGGAUCUCCGUGUGUGACGAGGACAAAUUCGGCCACAACGAGUUCAUCGGAGAAACCAGAGUUGCCUUGAAAAAACUCAAAGCCAACCAGAAAAAGAACUUCAACAUCUGCCUGGAGAGAGUAAUACCAACGAAGCGCGCCGGGACAACCGGCGCAUCCCGUGGGAUGGCUCUGUACGAAGAGGAGGUGGAUCGCGGUGGGGACGUGGAGGAGCGCGGGAAGAUCCUGGUGUCCCUCAUGUACAGCACCCAGCAGGGCGGGCUCAUCGUGGGCAUCGUGCGCUGCGUGCACCUGGCGGCCAUGGACGCCAACGGAUACUCGGAUCCCUUCGUCAAGCUUUGGCUGAAACCUGACAUGGGAAAAAAGGCCAAGCACAAGACACAGAUUAAGAAGAAAACGUUGAAUCCUGAGUUCAACGAGGAGUUCUUCUACGACAUCAAACACAGCGACCUGGCCAAGAAAUCCCUGGACAUUUCCGUCUGGGAUUACGACAUCGGAAAAUCCAACGACUACAUCGGCGGUUGCCAGCUGGGAAUCACGGCCAAGGGCGAGCGCUUGAAACACUGGUACGAGUGUUUGAAGAACAAGGACAAGAAGAUCGAGCGCUGGCACACCCUGCAGAACGAGAACCACGUCGCCAGUGAUUAAAGGGAGCCUCUGCCCGGCCCUCCCCGCCCUCUGCCACGCCCCUGUAGGUCCCUGAUGUCCCUGAUGUCCCUGAU